AUGAGAGGCUCAACUAUCCGGCCCAAGGCGCAAUGCCUUCGUUCCCUUUCCAGAAGCCUAGUUCAACGUCCUUCAACCGGUCUUCGAUCUGUCCCCAUUGCUGCUACUCUGGCGCCGUCUCUCCCAUCGAAACGAGCGUACUCGACACAUCCUCCUCACGCGAAGCUGAAUCUUCCUACCGACUAUUCGACAACCCCAUUGCUUGCGCAAACAUCCCAAUCGGCGCUCAACAACCCUGAGCUGUCUGCCGAAGUCCGCAAUGGCCCAACAAAGCGUAUGAACAUGUUUCAAGCUGUCAACGAUGCCCUAUCUAUCGCCCUCGCCCAAGACGAAUCGGUCUUGAUAUUCGGCGAGGACGUCGCAUUUGGUGGUGUCUUCCGCUGCACGGGAAAGCUUGCCGAGACAUAUGGUGCCGACCGCGUCUUCAACACUCCAUUGUGCGAGCAGGGCAUCAUGGGCUUUGCCAUUGGCGUUGCUGCCGAGGGAAUGCGCCCCGUUGCCGAAAUUCAGUUUGCCGACUACGUAUACCCGGCUUUCGACCAGCUCGUGAACGAGGCUGCCAAGUUCAGAUACAGGGAUGGUUCUUGCGGACGGAGCGCUGGGGGGUUGACGGUGCGCAUGCCCUGUGGAGGUGUUGGUCAUGGUGGUCUCUACCACACACAGUCGCCAGAGAGCUUGUUCACACAUAUCCCAGGCUUGCGUGUGAUCAUGCCCAGAUCACCCCUCCAGGCCAAGGGUCUGCUGUUGUCCGCCAUUCGCAGCAAUGACCCAUGUGUCUUCAUGGAACCCAAGAUCCUCUACCGUGCUGCCGUUGAGCAGGUGCCCACCGGAUCCUAUACGCUACCAUUAUCGAAGGCCGAAGUGCUGAAGGAAGGAAAGGAUGUGACGAUUAUCUCGUAUGGUCAACCCCUAUACAAAUGCAUGGACGCACUGCAGAAGGCCGAGAAGGACUUUGGUGUCUCGGUGGAACUCAUCGACCUCCGAACCGUCUAUCCAUGGGACAAGGAGACCGUGUUCCAGAGUGUCAGGAAAACCGGGCGCUGCAUCGUGGUUCACGAAUCCAUGGUCAAUGCCGGCAUUGGUGCUGAGGUGGCCGCUGCCAUCCAAGAGGACUCGGAAACGUUUGUUAGACUCGAAGCUCCAGUGGUUCGGGUUGCUGGAUGGAGCACUCACACGGCUCUCAUGUUCGAGGCCCUGAACAUUCCUGAUGUUGCGAACAUCAAGGCCCUCACUAGCUCGACCCCUAAUCUGCUGAACGAGCUCGGCCCGGCGUUCCAGAAGUACAACGAGGAACAGUUUGCGACGGUGAAGCUUCCCGGUGGUAGCCAACUCGUCAUCAUCAGCUCCCACAGUUCCCUGGGCGAUGGCCGCUAUUACGACGUCGAGAGCUCCUCGAGCUUCGCCUACGACCACAUUACUCAGAAAGCCAGCGAUGUUCAGAGCCACGUUCCAGAAGGCGAGCAGGCCGACUUGGUGAAAUCUACGAUUAAGGGGCUUUCAGCCUACGUCAAGGAGCACUUCCCCAAUGCCGCCUAUGGCGCGUACUCGAUAGAGAACGACUCCAAGGUCGCGGUCAUCAUUGUCGCGAACAAGUACAGCCCGAACAACUUCUGGAACGGACGUUGGCGCUCGCUAUACAUCUACGACCCAUCCAACAGCUCCAUUGAGGGCUCCAUCAAGGUCGACGUGCACUACUACGAGGACGGCAACGUGCGCCUGUUGACUAACAAGACAGUCACCGCGACCGUGUCGUCAGGCACCGGCAGUGGCAUUGCCAAGGAGAUCUCGGUGAACGAGAAGAAGUACCAGGAGGAGUUGAACAAGAGCUUCACCAGCCUCAGCGAGGGCGCUUUCAAGGGCUUGAGGAGACAGCUGCCGGUGACGAGACAGAAGAUCGAGUGGGACAAGGUUGCCAGCUAUCGCCUGGGACAGGAUAUCGGUGGUGGAAGCUCUAGGCGGUAAUGGGUAUGUGGAAGGAUAGAGUGAUAUAAGUCUAGUACAAAGGAGGGAGGGCGAGCACUGCUGGCAGUGACCAAACCAAAUUCAAGUCAAUACAGAAGAACCAAAGAAGGAAGAGCACAGCUCACUCAUCUCAUGUUUGCUGUACGAGCGGCUGUUCAGGACUCGGGAUGGACCCUCGGGAUGUGUCCGUGAUCGCUGCCCGAUGUUACAGCUGUGGGGAAUUGGUUGAAUGGGUCCCGCAAGAUUGCUCUAAGAACGGGAACUUGUCUCGGCGUUUUCCCCUCACCCAGCACUAGAUAACGAAGAAGAGGAUGGAAAUCUCGAGUGCUACUUGCCCCGGCCAAAGCCUGGCCCCUAUAAAUACUGAUAUGGAAGCUGGAGAAUAAAAAGCCGGAAGGGCGAUGGAGUCGAGUCGCAUACCCGUGGGUGCCGUGGG